AAAACAAAAUUCCUUUCCCUAGACCAUAAAAUUUCUUUAUUUUAGUAUUAGAAAAUUAUUUUUAAUUUUUGAAAAAUCCAAUUAAAACGGUCGGUUAAUAUUUUCCGCAUCUGAAUUCUCCCUCUCUCAUUAUUAUUCUAUCUCCCUCCAAAAACGAGAAGCAAUAGAUGCCUAAAGUCUCGAUCUGGUUGCCUGGAAAUCGACGAGCUCACAGUGAAAAAACAAACACGAGCUCAGACAACAACAACAUCUUCUUACUUAACCAAAAACGACAUUCCGUUUGUUAAUCGUUGCCGUCCCUGGAACGGGGUAUAUGAUUUUUAGUUGUCCGAUCUUGCGGUCCGUGCAUGCGGCAGCUUCCAGUGUCGACCUCGCCAUCACCGGUAACCGCCUCACUUAUGUGUAGGGGUGAGAUUAGGAGUUCAGGAAUUGUAAAUUUUGCUGGAUGCGUUUUAGGUGCUGGUGGAUAAAUGCAUGUUACCAGGGAUCUAGGGUUUUCGAGCCUGGUCCUUCUGCUGUGUGUGGUGUUCCCGGUGAUCGCCUUUAUAAUUCGCCGGAAAUGGCUGCUUUCCGUCGCUAGGCAAGAGGAGAUCAAGCGCUUGUUGAUUUUGGCUUCGGAGGAGGCUGCUAGGGCUGAGCUUGAGGCUACGGUUGUGUACGGCACGGUUUCUGUUUCGAGGAACGGUUAUCAGUGUGCUGUUUGUUAUUCUCCGACCACUACACGGUGUGCCCGGUGCAAAGCUGUGAGAUAUUGUUCCGCGAAGUGUCAAAUUAUUCACUGGCGGCAAGGUCAUAAGGAAGAAUGCAGCCCUCCAAGUGCUACUUAUCACAUAAAUGUUGAUUUUGGCAAUUCUUCUCAGAAGGCCGAAAAACAAGGCCAAUAUGAUAUUUAUGAUGACAAACACGGAAAUUCACCUAUUAAUACGAUCUCUGUGGGACGUGUAUUGUCAAAUAUCAGUAGCACUGGAGCAGUUCCGCAUGUAAAUGGUGAUGAUAUUAAAGUUGGUUCUGUUGCAAAUGCAGAGGAAAUAUCUAUUUCCGAAUCAGUGGAACCCUCAUUUUCUGGCUUCUCUACUACACCUAUUGGUGGUGAAUCAUCUGAUGGGGUUUCUGUUAGUGAGAGUAUCAGUUCAAAUGAGUCUGAGGAAUCUGAUGGACAUAUAUCUUCUGGCACUUCCCCUGAUGUCCUUGAGCCUGGUUUGAACAAGGUAGAUCAAACCAAGCCUCUGUCUCCAAAGUUUGCGAGGUUGAUUGAUUCUGUGGAUAGUAAUAAAUUCAGUAAAUUAAAUAAGAGUAUAUCUCACACCAAUCGCGGAGAGAGUUGUUAUGCAUCUACUAUCACUUCAGGUCAGAGCAAUAUUGCCAUGCAUGAGGGUUCAAUAACUGAGCCUGGUACUGUUUCUUCUGGUUUUUGGGACAGAACUCUAGACUCUGUUGUGUCCAGCAAUGUUGUCCAGGCUGAUCCAGACCUGUCCCGUUCCCGCAAAGAAGCUAACAGCAAGCUAUCUGAUUCUGAGUCAUUCAUACGUUUUAAGUUUGAUUUAUCUGGACGUAAUGUUCCUCCAUCAAAUGCACAAAGCUCAGAGGUGAAAGGCAUCAUAUCAGAUGAUGCACAUCAGGCUGUUUUGGGGAUUGGUAGCCCUGUGGAUGGAGCAGCAUUUUCAGAAAACACCCAUGAUGGUCCUCCGAAGGUCAGGAGGUCCAUAUCUGUGAGCUGUGAAAAGUCUAGUCAUAUAGAUAAUGAAUAUAGUGACAGUUUAAAUGUGUCCAAGAUAACUGAGAUUAAAUCCGUGCCAUCAUCCUCUUCAUAUGCUUCACAGAUUGAAGCUGCACCAUGUGCAGUUGAUUCAAAUGUUUCAAAGUCCAUUGAUCUUAAAUCCUCAUCCUUAUGUGCUCCCCAAUCAAAUGCUAUUGUCGAUGACACUGUUAGUACUUCUCAUGUAUCCAAGUCCAGAGUAUCAUCUAGUGCUUCUAAAGCCCACUUGGCUUAUACAGGCAAUGGGCAUUCAGUUAUAAAUAUUAAAUCCGGAAAACUUGAUAAUGUCGAAGCUGAUGCUGUGACCACCUUUUCAAGUAUUAGUGGGCUGAAAUCAUCUAUGCGGAAAGUAGUUGACCAACUCAAAGGACCUAAAUCUGGAAAAUAUAGUGAUAAGGGGCUCUUUUCGUAUGAUAUGUUUGUGAAGCUAUACACUUUGAACAAGGUAGAAUUGCGACCUUGUGGACUCAUCAAUUGUGGAAACAGUUGUUAUGCAAAUGCUGUACUUCAAUGCUUAUCAUUUACUCCUCCUCUGACUGCUUACUUUGUUCAAGGACUCCAUUCUAAAGAGUGUGCAAAUAAAGACUGGUGCUUCACUUGUGAGUUUGAGAGGUUAGUUUUGAAGGCAAAGGAAGGGAUAUCUCCACUUUCCCCAAUUGGAAUGCUAUCCCAGCUACAAAGACUUGGAAGUCAGCUGGGUAGUGGAAGGGAAGAAGACGCACAUGAAUUUCUAAGGUAUGCCAUUGAUACAAUGCAAUCUGUGUGUCUGAAAGAAGCUGGGGUGAAUGCAGUAGGUUCCUUCGACGAAGAAACCACUCUCAUAGGUCUUACUUUUGGAGGUUACCUUCGCUCAAAGAUAAAAUGCAUGAAGUGCCAUUACAAGUCGGAGCGGCAUGAAAGAAUGAUGGAUCUUACUGUAGAAAUUGAAGGGGAUAUAGGGAAGCUUGAAGAUGCACUUAAGAGAUUCACGAGUACUGAGAUUCUGGAUGGAGACAAUAAAUACCAAUGUAGCAGAUGCAAAUCUUAUGAAAAGGCCAAGAAAAAGUUGACAAUACUGGAGGCUCCCAAUGUACUCACAAUUGCAUUGAAGCGGUUUCAGUCAGGUAAAUUUGGAAAGCUCAACAAGUCCAUUCGGUUUCCGGAGAUCCUGGAUUUAGCACCAUAUAUGAGUGGGACAAGUGAUAAAUCACCCAUAUACAGGCUUUAUGGAGUAGUCGUUCACUUGGAUAUCAUGAAUGCUUCAUUCUCUGGUCAUUAUGUAUGUUACGUUAAAAAUGUCCAGAACAAGUGGUUUAAGAUUGAUGACAGCACGGUAACACCUGUGGAUCUAGAGAGGGUCUUGACAAAAGGGGCGUACAUGCUUCUUUAUGCAAGGUGCUCACCGAGGGCUCCAGGACUGAUAAGGAGCAGAAUAGUAUCCCCAGAUCAUCCAAAGAUGAAAGGCAGUCCAUCCAGAAUCAAUGCUAAGAAUAUUGCUUUGAAUUCAAGUUCCACAUCCUCUCAUUCAAAUGUUGUUAGGUUGCAUUCCAGUUCGAUUCCAACAGAUAGUUUGGCCAGUGAUGAGUCUUUCUAUUUGAAGUUCCACCGGCUUCAAAAGAUUUUAGAAGAGGACUCAUCAAGUGACAGUUAUUCUUUUACUAGCAGCAACUCUGAUGAGGGUUCAUGCAGUACCGAGAGCACCCGAGAUUCUACAAGCACUGAUGACCUCUCAGAUUACAUUUUUGGUGGCUGGAGCAACACUUGGAGGAACACAUCCGAUUCUGACACUUGUUCAUCAUCCUCCUCUUCCCCUUUGUAUUCAAGGCAUUUGCAUGAAACAAGCAGAUCUCAAAUACAUGAUGCAGAUUCAGCAGUGAAUGGGGAUGAUUGGGAUAGUUUGGAAGUCAAGGGAGGUAAUCCUUUUCUGCAUUCUGACAGGAGGAAACAAUGUAGAAAAUUUUCAAGCAGUAGCUGUAGGGAAACUGACUCCCCAAAAUUAGGAUGGGUUAACCAUGUAAAAUCUGGUGUAUCCUUUAGAAGAUCAAUGAGCGAGAGGACAGAUUAAUCAUUUUUCAGUCAGGUAAACGUAAAUAAGAGUUGAGAAAGGGGGAGGGGUCUGUAUUUAAUGCACUCUUUGUAGCUGGCUAUGUUUAAAGAAAUUAGCCAUCGCCAUUUUGUCAACACCUUCCCCUCUCGUAGUUCUUCACAAAAAAAGUGUAUAGUGGUAGGGACUCUUUCCCAAAGGGGGUUUCAACCCCGUCAAUAGUUUACUUGAGAACAAGAUAUUGAAUGAUAAUUUUAGUAUUACCA